AUGAGUAACAAUCAAUUAUCAUUAAGAGAGCAAUUGGAUAUUGUUGUUAAAUGGCUAGAUGAUAAUGGUGUAAAGAUAAAUCAUAAGCUGAUUGAGAUUGUAUGUCAGAAACAAUCAGUCGAUGAUGUUACCAACAAAAAUACACCUCAUGAACAAGUUGUAGAGGGUUUAGGUGUAAUUGCAUUACAAGAUUUAAAAAUUGAUCAUACUGUGGCAAUCAUUCCAAAGUCGUGUUUGCUGACACCACAUACCACAUCGAUAUCAGCAUACUUGAAGAAAUAUAAAAUAAAAGAUGCUACUGCAACCUCUAUAGCUCUACUCUACGAAGCAUCGAUUGGCAGUCAAUCAAAGUGGUAUGGAUAUAUCAAGUCUUUGCCUCUUAGUGUUGAUCUACCGAUUCUUUGGAAUGAUGCAGAUCUCAAAAAUCUAAAGGGAACAUCAAUUGAGACCGUUGUCUAUGAGAACAAGGAAACAGUUGAUGCUACCUAUAAUAAAUAUAUAAAGUCAAAGUUGAUUGCAAAUCAUCCAGAUGUAUUCAAUGAACAUGUAUUCAGUUUAGAUAACUUUAAGAGAGCCAGUUGUUUGGUAUCAUCACGUGCCUUUAACAUUGAUACUUAUCAUGGUGAUUCUAUGGUGCCUUUAGCAGAUAUUUUUAAUCAUAGAACAGGUAGAGAGAAUGUACAUAUUGAGUCAGAUGAAAACGAUGAUCUUUGUUCUAAAUGUGGAUCAUCUUCAUCUUGUAAACACAGAAAGAGAUCAAGAGAAGAUGAUCAUCAUCACCAUGGACAUAAACAUGAUGAAAAUUGUAAUCAUGAUCAUGAAGAAGAUGAGGAGGAUGAAGAAGAAGAUGAUGAUGAACAGGUUCAAGUGGAUGAUCUCGAUUAUUUAGCAAAUAUAAAAGUACCAAAAGAUUCAUUGUUUAUAAGAGUGGUUAGAGAGGUUAGUAAAGGAUGUGAAGUCUACAAUACAUAUGGAGAUCACGAUAAUUCAUUGUUGCUAAGUAAAUAUGGUUUCGUAGAGUUGGAUAAUCCAUGCGAUCUCGUUAGAGUCGAGCCAGACUUGAUCGACAGAGUACUAGAGAGUCACUCUGGAUUGGAACCGGCCGAGAUUAAAGAUCGACUUGCAUUCUACUGUCAGUUGUUCGAGGCAGAGUCGAGAGAUCACCAUGCAUUCGAAUCGAGUGGUGCCGCUGACGAUGCUUUGGUCUGCUCGAUCUACUUGGCAAUGCUCCAGACAGCACAAUACCAACAGUUGAAAAAGACAAAACUCUCAAUGAUCUACAAACAACUCGAUAAGCUCGAAGCAAAGCAAAUGGUUCGAUCCAACAAGCGUGUUGGAGAGUUCAUUAUCACUGUAAUCGAAGAGAGACUAAAGCUGUUCCCAACUACCAAUUUAGAUAUCAAACAGGAAAUAGCAAAUCUUUCAAGCAUAACCGAUCAAAGAUUAUUUAACUCAACAUCACUACAAAUUGCAGAGAAACAACUAUUGUUAAAUUCUAAAAAUGGUAAUUUAAUAUGGGUUAAAGAUUUAUAA